GCUUUGAGAUUGGUUGGAGGAUCCAGGACCUCGGAAGGGAGAGUUGAAGUAUUUCAUAAUAACACCUGGGGAACAGUUUGUGAUGACUUCUGGGAUAUAAAUGAUGCACGUGUCAUUUGCCGUCAGCUCGGGUAUCCUGACGCUAUUAUCGCUCCAGGGUCUGCCAGAUUUGGGGCUGGAAGGGGUCAAAUUUGGUUGGAUGAUGUAAAUUGUCAAGGCAACGAAACUUCAAUUCUCUAUUGUGGGCACAGAGGAUGGGGCAUCAAUAACUGCGGUCACCUUGAAGAUGCCUCAGUAGUAUGU